AUGAGUGACGACUUCCCACGUCCCACCCGAUCGCUCAAAGGUCGCGUCGCCAUCGUCACAGGCGCCGGUGCACUCGCAGAUGGUAUCGGCAAUGGCAGGGCUUCAGCAAUCCUGCUCGCCGAAGCUGGCGCGAAUGUCGUCUGUGUCGAUCUGAAAGCCGAGUUGGCUGAGCGAACGGUCGAGAUGAUACGAAAGGAUGGUUAUGGCGAAAGUGUAGCUGUCAAAGCCAACGUUGUCAAGGAAGACGAAUGUAAGGCUGUUGUCGAGGCCACUGUUAAGCGGUAUGGGAGAGUUGAUAUACUUGUUAACGUCGUUGGUGUUGGUGGCGCUUUGGGCACGGCGAAGGAUGUUGAUAUGGUGGAGUGGGCAAAGUCGAUGGAGAUUAAUGUUGCUAGUAUGGUUAUGAUGGCUAAGUACGCCAUUCCGGAGAUGGAGAAGAAUGAUGGGCAGUGGCGAGGCAGUAUCGUCAAUAUCGCUUCCGUCGCAGGCAUCAGAGGAGGCAACCCCCAUCUGCUCUAUCCGACGAGCAAAGGAGCCAUUGUGAAUAUGACGAGAGCUAUGGCACAUCAACAUGCGCCGGAUGGCAUCAGGGUCAAUUGCGUCUGCCCUGGCAUGGUGUACACCCCUAUGAUGUACGGGCCAGGCAUGAGUGACGAAGCACGCGAGUCGCGCAAGAAUCGAAGUCUUCUCAAAACCGAGGGCAAUGGCUGGGAUAUUGGCGCAGCAGUACGCUUCCUUGCUGGCGACGAAGCACGCUGGAUGACAGGUGUGAUUCUACCAGUCGAUGCUGGGGCUACUGCAGCUGUGGGCUCUGAUCUUCCCGCGUCCGCUAGUAUAUCAGCAGGACAGAGUGGCAGUAGCUAG